CACCCCCUUGGCAAUGUCUUCAGCCUGCUGCACUCCUAACUUAAGCAUUUAUUCCACUGGGAUAGAAGCGGCAGGAGCAGCGUUGGCACCGGCGAACCAUGGCUGGGAUUUUCUAUUUCGUCCUCUUUUCGUUUCUCUUUGGGAUUUGCGACGCUGUCACCGGUUCCAGGGUGUACCCCGCGAAUGAAGUUACCUUAUUGGAUUCCAGGUCUGUUCAGGGAGAACUUGGGUGGAUAGCGAGCCCUCUGGAAGGAGGGUGGGAGGAAGUGAGCAUAAUGGAUGAAAAAAAUACACCAAUCCGAACCUACCAAGUGUGCAACGUGAUGGAACCCAGUCAGAAUAACUGGCUCCGAACUGAUUGGAUCACCCGAGAAGGGGCUCAGAGGGUGUACAUUGAGAUCAAGUUCACCUUGAGAGACUGCAACAGUCUUCCGGGUGUCAUGGGGACUUGCAAGGAGACGUUUAACCUGUACUACUAUGAAUCGGACAAUGACAAAGAGCGUUUCAUCCGAGAGAGCCAGUUUGCCAAGAUUGACACCAUUGCGGCCGACGAGAGCUUCACCCAAGUGGACAUUGGUGACAGAAUCAUGAAGCUGAACACUGAGAUCCGGGAUGUAGGGCCACUGAGCAAAAAGGGGUUUUACCUGGCUUUUCAGGAUGUGGGGGCCUGCAUUGCCCUGGUAUCGGUCCGCGUGUUCUAUAAGAAGUGUCCGCUCACCGUUCGCAACCUGGCCCAAUUUCCAGACACCAUCACAGGGGCUGAUACGUCUUCCCUGGUGGAAGUUCGAGGCUCCUGUGUCAACAACUCAGAAGAAAAGGAUGUGCCAAAAAUGUACUGUGGGGCAGAUGGUGAGUGGCUGGUACCCAUUGGCAACUGCCUAUGCAAUGCUGGGCAUGAAGAGUGGAAUGGAGAAUGCCAAGCCUGCAAAAUUGGCUAUUACAAGGCCCUCUCCACGGAUGCCACCUGUGCCAAGUGCCCGCCCCACAGCUACUCUGUCUGGGAAGGAGCUACAUCGUGCACCUGUGACCGAGGCUUUUUCAGAGCCGACAACGACGCGGCCUCUAUGCCCUGCACCCGCCCACCAUCUGCUCCCCUCAACUUGAUCUCAAACGUCAAUGAGACGUCCGUGAACUUGGAAUGGAGCAGCCCUCAGAACACAGGUGGUCGCCAGGACAUCUCCUACAACGUGGUGUGCAAGAGAUGUGGGGCUGGUGAUUCCAGCAAGUGCCGACCCUGUGGAAGUGGGGUCCACUAUACCCCCCAGCAGAAUGGCCUGAAGACCACCAAAGUUUCCAUCACUGACCUCCUGGCUCACACCAAUUAUACAUUCGAAAUCUGGGCCGUGAAUGGGGUGUCCAAGUAUAACCCCAGCCCGGACCAGUCGGUGUCUGUCACCGUGACAACCAACCAAGCAGCACCAUCGUCCAUUGCUUUGGUCCAGGCUAAAGAAGUCACAAGGUACAGUGUUGCUCUGGCUUGGCUGGAACCAGAUAGACCCAAUGGGGUGAUCUUGGAGUAUGAAGUCAAGUAUUACGAGAAGGAUCAGAAUGAGCGAAGCUACCGAAUCGUCCGGACGGCUGCCAGAAACACGGAUAUCAAAGGCCUGAAUCCUCUGACUUCCUACGUGUUCCAUGUGCGAGCCAGGACAGCAGCCGGCUAUGGAGACUUCAGUGAGCCCCUAGAGGUCACGACCAACACAGUGCCCUCCCGGAUCAUCGGAGAUGGGGCUAACUCCACAGUCCUCCUGGUCUCCGUCUCAGGCAGUGUGGUGCUGGUGGUCAUUCUCAUUGCGGCUUUUGUCAUCAGCAGGAGACGGAGUAAAUACAGUAAAGCUAAACAAGAAGCAGAUGAAGAGAAACAUUUGAAUCAAGGUGUUAGAACUUACGUGGACCCCUUUACCUAUGAAGAUCCCAACCAAGCAGUUCGAGAAUUUGCCAAAGAAAUCGACGCAUCCUGCAUUAAGAUUGAAAAAGUCAUAGGAGUUGGUGAAUUUGGUGAAGUAUGCAGUGGGCGUCUCAAAGUGCCUGGCAAGAGAGAGAUCUGUGUGGCCAUCAAGACCCUGAAAGCUGGUUAUACAGAUAAACAGAGGAGAGACUUCCUGAGUGAGGCCAGCAUCAUGGGACAGUUUGACCACCCGAAUAUAAUUCACUUGGAAGGCGUUGUCACCAAAUGUAAACCAGUAAUGAUCAUAACAGAGUACAUGGAGAAUGGCUCCUUGGAUGCAUUCCUCAGGAAGAAUGAUGGCAGAUUUACUGUCAUUCAGCUGGUGGGCAUGCUUCGUGGCAUUGGGUCCGGGAUGAAGUAUUUAUCGGAUAUGAGCUAUGUGCAUCGAGAUCUGGCUGCACGGAAUAUUCUGGUAAAUAGCAACUUGGUCUGCAAAGUGUCUGAUUUUGGCAUGUCCCGAGUACUUGAGGAUGAUCCGGAAGCAGCUUACACCACCAGGGGUGGCAAGAUUCCUAUCCGGUGGACCGCGCCAGAAGCAAUUGCCUAUCGUAAAUUCACAUCAGCGAGUGAUGUAUGGAGCUAUGGAAUCGUUAUGUGGGAAGUUAUGUCAUAUGGAGAGAGACCCUACUGGGAUAUGUCCAAUCAAGACGUGAUCAAAGCCAUCGAGGAAGGCUACCGGCUACCUCCUCCAAUGGACUGCCCCAUUGCACUCCAUCAACUGAUGCUAGACUGCUGGCAGAAGGAGAGAAGUGAUAGGCCGAAAUUUGGGCAGAUUGUCAACAUGUUGGACAAACUCAUCCGCAACCCCAACAGCUUGAAGAGGACGGGGACCGAGAGCUCCAGACCUAACACCGCCUUGUUGGAUCCGAGCUCUCCCGAGUUCUCCGCCGUGGUAUCCGUUGGCGACUGGCUCCAGGCCAUUAAAAUGGACCGGUAUAAGGAUAACUUCACGGCUGCCGGCUAUACCACACUAGAGGCUAUAGUACACAUGAACCAGGAGGAGUAGAUUCUGCUAUCUUGGCCUCACAGCCCUUCCUGUCGAUCACAAAGCCCGCAGAAGAAAACAGAACACACCCUCCUCAGUCCCUUCGAGAUGUGUUUCUUCUGCUUCCCCUCUGCCAGUUCUGGAGCAAAGACCCUGAUGAAACAACCCCUGUACCUGAAAAGAACAAAUGGCUGACGUUCCAAUCUCCUUUCCCAGUGAAAGAAACAGCAAACGUGCGAGGCUCAGCACCUGUUCUCCCGUUGCACUGAGGAACGGACUGCCUCGCAGCACCAACUCCUCAGAGCCCUUGUUCCUAAACUCCUUGUGGUUUUAUUUAUAUGUAUUUCCGUAUCUCAUUCCUGUGCGUCACUGCUGCAUUGGUGCGGCAGCAAGUGACCCAAGGCUACAGGUCUUACGACGGACACCAGGUCAGGUGCCACUACGCAAAACAAAGCCAGUUCCCUUGAGCUGCCUAUGAUAUGCAUUGCUGAAGUCACAUGUUACCCAGGGUGUGCCAUUGCAGUGAUAUAAAUAUAUUUUUUUCCUAGACUAAAUAUGAGCUGACUAUCUCUUUUGAUGUGUGUACAUAGGUGUGAGUGUGCGAGUGCGCGGGUGUGUGUGCGCGCGUGAGCGUCUAACCUCAUGCUUAGACCUGCCUGCGAAUGUUGUGGAAUGCUACACCCGGAGAGUGCUGGUUUUUCCACCGGUCCUGAGAUUACGAGCCGCGUGCGACAGUGGGCCUGGAGACCGCACCCGUCCCCUCAGAAAGACAGCCCGGAAGUGUUCAAUGCCCUGUAUCUAGAAGUGUGUUCCGUAACUGCCACACUAACCUUAAUAAGUAAUUCGACAGCUUUGGAUGGAGGCAUUUUCACCUUAGCAGGGGGUAAUUUUAGAAUAUAAAUCCAUGCGGGUGACGACCCAUCGUCGAGACCAUUAAUGCGGACUGAACUUCCCAUCUGAAUCACCAAUUUCUUGAUGGAGAGAGAGAGAAGGGGAUGGAAUUUGUCUGGUGACCCCAAGUGGAAUAGAAGUAGCCUUUGUUUUCCUGCAUAAAUGGACUCGUUGAAUGAGAACAAAUAUAUGCAACCCAUGCGCUUUCGGAGAUGAACGUAGACGCGUGUGUCAGCUUUGAGAUGAUGUGUCCCGGAUUAAUACUUUGUCUCUCAAUGUCACAGAAAAAUACAUGCCAGUGACUCUUGAGGUUGGCAUAGUUGGGAUUAAAUGUCCUCAAGUGAUUUCAGGUUCCCAGUUUAGAGGAUGAGUUCUACAAUUAAUUCAUAUGCAGCUAACUCUUAUGGCCCUUAGCCUUCUAGAAUCUGAGGUCCAGUGUGUGAAGAUUCAGUUCUGAUAGGACACGUGUACCAAACUCCAGCCAACAUACUGCCAUUUUUUCAUAAUCUGAGUGGCUGCCUUGCGUAUUCUCAGCUACGGUUGCACAAACCGUGGCCAUUUACAUAAGCUAUAACAUCAAAUCAGGGAAAAAUGGGAAAAAAAAAAAAAAGAUUCCGAACCCUAUGCUAUUGAAGAAGUAGAGAAAAUCAUCAAUAAAUAUUUAUUACAUUCUGACAGGGUGUGUGGCAUUGUAUUCUCAUAGCUAUGCCAGAGUGACAAAGUGAAUUCACCCCUUUUUGGGGACUUUACUAUAUUUUUAAAGGGAUGUGCCUAUGCAUUGAUGCCUGAAAAAUAUGUAUAAAGAAAUGAGGUUGAAUCUCUGAGCUGGUCAUCUUUCCCCAGAGGUCAGGGCAGGAGGCCAACUUCAGGGACUGGAUUAGCCCCAUAAGCGAGUGCUGGCCUAGUGAGUUCAGAUGCUGAAUCUUGCCCAGAUCUUCCAUUAGGGCAGCAUUAAGCUGUUCCCCUGCACCAAAUCGAGUAGCUUCACCAUGUGUCUGCCGGCCCCAAAUUAUUUGUAACAGUCAUGGAUGAAACGUUCUGGUGUGUUCAAAGAGUUAUUUUGGAGACAGGUUGUGUUCACGACACUACUGGUGUGUAUGUUUUGAGAACUCUUGUAUUCGAUCUGUGAAGGAUAUGUGUAUUAAUCCAUACACGCUUAUCGCCUCAAUGUUGGUCCGAAGACACGCAAAUUCUGACCAGUCAAGGAAAGUUCUAGAAGCAAUAUUUUCACUUAACAUUCUCCAAACAUCAAGCGUUGAUACACACUGAAGAGUGCAUUUAUUUUUUGUAUCACUCCAAGUAUGUUGGAAUAUGCAAGGACUGUGGUUAAAAUUAGAAUGUACAAGGCCUAUUAUAAUUUAGUUCAUACCAUAAAGGAAAUUAACAGAACACUGCUUGGUUCGUACAUGUUCCAAAAUUUGAGCGCUCUCUUGAGUUAGACAUAGAUUUUUCUAUUUUGUUUUAUUUUGUCAAGGUAUUUUUCUUCCCUUCAUGAACUUUAGGUACACAUAACUUAUGUCAUUUAUUUAUGGUCUUUUAUACCUAGUUUGUAAAAUUGUAAAAUAGCAAACUAAAUGCAAAGAGUUUGCAUUUGAAAAUAAUAAAGUAGUUGCCGUAUACAGA